UCCUGAACUGGAGAAAGGGGAACUUCAGGCUGAGCCCGACGAUCGGCUAUCAUGAAGCGAGAAGUUUACGGCCUCAAAAGCAGGAAAGCAUGUGUUCUGUGGUUGGUGGGCAGUCCUGCUGAAGACUUGAGCGCUGCAGAGCAGAAGCUCAGCUCAGACGCUGGACACUCCUGUCUUGGGAGGAAGGCGUAGGCAAGCCGGAUUCAGCCAGUCGCUCUCGCCUUGUGUCUCCCUUGACCUUGCCCGUUGGGGAGGGAAGCUCUGCCACUCGACUGGACCUGGUCCCUCUCCCCUCUCCAGAAUGAAGGUGUAUAUUUUGACAGCCCUCCUGGUUCUCCUGGCAGCGGAGGAAGCAGAGGCGCUGAGGGAACCUCAGUUGUGCUACGUCUUGGAUGGGAUCCUGUUUGUCUAUGGUAUAAUCCUCACAUUCCUGUACUGCCGGCUGAAGAUCCAAUACCGAAGGAAAUCGAAGCUUCCCCCUGCUUCCGACUACGAGAAAGUGGAAGGAAUCUAUACCGGUCUUGGCCCUCAUGAGUCCGCAACUUAUCAAACUCUUACACGCCCCAAAACUGACCCGAAGGAGCAGCCCCCUGCAGAAGCAGAAACCAUGGUGGGAUAGGAACACAGCCUUGUGGAGACCCCUCCUCAACACCCGAAAUUACGCAACUAUAUUUUGACGUCAGAAGAAGGACUGUCUCUGCACCCUUUGCUGUACCUGCACAUCACCUAAAGUGAUUUUGAUGGCGCAGUAGACCAAGAAGGGCCCUGCAGAUGUUGCUGGACUACAACUCCCAUCAUCCCUGACCGUUGGCCAUGCUGACUGGGGCUGAUGGGAGAUGGAGUCCUACUGCUCAUGGCGGACCACAGAUUCCCCAGCCUACCACAGAUCUUGCCUGUUGUAUUAGCAACCCUUAUGCUUGCCAAUUUGACGUCUUCCACAGCGGGGCAGCUUGACGGUGGGCAAGAAAGAAGUGCCAGCUUUUAUUAAUCUGUAUUUAAAAAUAAUACUACUUAUGGCUUUGUUCUCCUGCUGUUUUUAAAUAUCAUGUCCAUAGCUUGUUUGGAAAAUCAUGUCAAAAUGUCAGUAGUUUAGCAAUGUAGGUGCAAUCAGGAUUCCUGGCUGGGAGUUAGAGAUGAACAAAUUUGUCCGUUUUGGUUCUCCAAGAUCCUCAUCUCCCCAGUCUUCAUUUCUCCACAUUUCCACAACAGUGGCGAAGAGCCGUGGCUCAUAGAGCUGGGAAUACCUCCUGUAUUAAAUCCUGAACAGCUGUGGCUAGAUGGACCAAUGGUCUGACUUGGUAUAUUUCCUUUGUUCCUAAUUUGUUCCUAAUUUGUGGAUUAUUAUUUUUUAAAUCAUCAGCAUCUGAGUACAGAAUUCUCCUAACAUAUUUUUGUAUGCAGCUUUGACUAAUAUAGAUAUUUUUGCAACACAUUUUCCCUAACAUUAUGCAUUUUUGUAUGUUAUUUUCACUAAAUGUAUAAUUUUUUUUACGAAUACUUUGCCCUACUGUAUGCCUUUUUGGCAGAAAGGGUGAAAAGGCUUUUCAGUGCAUAAAAUGCUCUCGUUUCACCCUGAUUGGGCAACUCCUGGACUCUUCUGGGACCUUGCUUCAGAUAUAGUAGCAGGGUCUUCAACCCCGUGACCCCAGAGCACACCACCUCUGGUUUGCAGGAAGGCUAUAUGACAAAGUGCACUCCUCCUGGUUUGCUUGUGUUUACUUAUCUUCCCAUUAGCCAUUUGUUCAUCACACACUUUUAAAUGUACUUUCUGAUCACUUUCCAUGUCACAAAAAGUCUGUCUCUGUGGGUGGGUGGUUUUUUUUAAAGUAGUUUAUUUGCACUUCAAUUAAACCUACCUACCUGUCCAGUUUGUGCCUGAAUCCUUCUCACAAAAUAUUGAGUCUGCAGACGACCUAAGGAUCAGUACAACCAAGAAAAUCCUCCUUCUAAGCCUGUUUUAAAAGUUGCCGAUUUGAUUAUGCUGGAGACUACUAUCUCUGCCCUCGUCUGUUUCACUAGAUUGCGCUGUAUAUAUAUAUAUAUGAUUUUAUUAUUUGCUGCAAGCAGCCCUGAAAAUGCUA